GUGUGGGGGGGGGGGGGCGUCAUUCCAGUUCAAUUUAAGGGUUUUAAUAAAGGUGGUGGAAAGGAUGGAAAGAAAAAAAAAGGAGAGAGAGUGAGACCUUUAAUUCAAGGUAACUGAUACUACAACUGAUACUACAAUUCACUGGCUAAAAAAAAGUAUGUUAGUAGGUUCAUUUAAAUGUGGGCUGUUUUAUUGGAAGGGCAAAAAACAACAACAAAGGACCAGGUUUUCAGUAAAUAAUAAACAAUAUAGUCUGCAAAAAAUCAACUGUUGUAAGGCUAGUUAUCAAUAUAUCUUGAGUAAUCUAGAUAGUAAUUAGAAAAUAGAAUAGAUAGAGCUUUACUAGAUCUAAGCCUUCAUUAAUUCUAUAAUAGACAAUCUAGAUUAUAGAUAUAUAGCUGUUAGUACAAUAUAUUCAUAGAUUCUAGUCUUAAUUAGAAAAAAUAGACUGCAGCAAGUUUGAUAAAGUCAUGUCACUACUAAUCUAGCAAUAAUAUUAUCAUCUAGAGCUUGACUCUAGACCACUUGCAUCUUAGUAAACAUUACAUGACACAUAUAAUAUAAAUUUUUAUUUUAAUAUAGUUCUUUAUAUCAUUUUAUAUAUGUUUACAUUUGUUAGCAAAAACUUAAGAUCAAGAAUCUAGAUCUAAUAGACUAUUUUUCUUAUUAUUAUUUGAAAAAAAUGGAGCCUUCGAGUGGCAGUGAUUAUGAUAUCCACUCAGAAGGUGCAGCACCUAAAAAUGUAUCAAAACAUUUAUGGGAGAAAUUUAAAUUGUUGGAAAAGAGAACUGAUGAAACUACUCGCCGUUCAACUGAGAAGCGCAUAAAACAUUUACAGAAACAAGUUCUGGAGACAGUUACUAGUGAGUUUACAUCACCAUGCGAUAAAGACAUACUGAGAAAGUAUGAUGUCAAAUUUGGUCCGCCUCUUGAAAAAGAAACGAAAAGAAAGAAGAGAAAACAUGAAGAUACCAAUCUACAGGUGCCAUCAUGUACAUCCCAGUCAGAUCAACUCAAAGAUAUUGUUCCCUUGUUGACUGUAAAUGACCAUAUUCAGAAAGAUUUGUCCAGACCUCCCCCGCCAACUGCUUUAGAGAAACACAUUGAUGAUGCCAUUCGUCUUGGAGAUGUACAGACUGCAGAAUGUCUCAGUGAUCAUUUAGCCACAAGAGAGCUUGGAGAAAAAAUUGCUGCUGCGAUUGAUGCUAAAAAGUUUUUAGAACAGAAAAAGGUGGAUGAGGCAUUGAUGAAAUCGAAGAAGAAAAAGAAACUACCUUGGGGGUUUGAACCUAAACAGCGCUGGGAAACAAAAGGAAAUAUGUAGACCUAACAUGAGCCAUGUAAUUCCUUGGAUUAUUUUUCUGGUCUUUCAUUGUCAUUAUUUGUAAAUAAAGCUUUUCUGGUCA